AUGCAGGAUGAAUAUCUCGAUUUCGUGUCCACUUACAUCGAAUCCAUCAGCGAGACACUGCGAUCAAUUAGUCUCAAGAUUCAUGACAAUCCGGAAUUGAACUUCAAGGAAUUCAUCGCUCAUGAAACAUUGACCAAGUUCAUGAAUACUCGCAAGGGCUGGAAAGUCACGCCUUCAGCAUACAGAAUUAAAACUGCAUUCAUAGCUGUGUAUGAUAGCGGGAAGAAGGGUCCCGUCAUCAGUUUCAACGCUGAGUAUGAUGCUCUUACAGGAAUCGGACACGCAUGUGGCCACAACCUCAUUGCUAUUGCAUCGGUGGGCGCAGCACUCGCUGCUGGUGCCGCCAUCAGCAAAUUCAAUUUGCCAGGCAAAGUUAUCCUCUUUGGAACGCCCGCAGAAGAAGGUGGUGGAGGUAAGAUUGCACUCCUCAACGCUGGAGCAUAUUCAGACCACGGAGUCGAUAUCAACCUCAUCUCGCAUCCCGGCAAAGUCAAAGACUCUGCACUCGUGAGAACAAACGCCUAUGUGAACACGAAAAUCGAAUACUUCGGAAAGGAAGCACAUGCAGCAGCAGCUCCUUGGGAGGGCAUCAACGCCCUCGACGCCUUGAUCACCGCAUACAAUGCUUUGAGUGUGCUGAGGCAGCAGACGAUGCCAGGAGAUAUCAUUCAAGGACAUAUAACUGAUGGUGGGGCUGCUCCCAACAUCAUCCAUGCAUAUGCUGCUGGAAUAUUUGUGGUCAGGGCGACUAGCAAAAAAAGACUGGAAGUGCUCAAGGCCAAGGUGGACAAAUGCUUUGAGGCUGGAGCUGAAGCUACAGGAGCAAAACUUCAGAUGACACACAUCAUGGGCUACGAUGACCAUGUCCCGAACAAAGCUAUGGGAAGGGUGUGCAGAGCGGUCAUGAAUAAACUUGGAAGUAACAUUCCAACAGAGCACUUGGAUCUCAUUGAAGGUGCAACGCAAGCAAGUACUGAUCAAGGAAAUAUUAGCUAUGCAAUGCCGAGUCUGAGUCCUGGCUUCAGAAUUGAAAGCGUUGAAGGGCCCCAUAAUCCUGGGUUUGCAGAAGCAGCGAGAACGAGAGAAGCUCAUGAUGUGGCAUUGCGAGUAGGGAAAGCUUUAGCAGUCACCGGACUGGAGGUCUUGAGUGAUGAAGAUUUAUUGAAGGCGGUGAAGGAGGAAUUUGAAGAGAUGCUGAAAGAACAUUGA